CAUUCGAAGCAGGAAAAACCUCACUGCUCAUCAAACUUCAGCAUGAAGCUUGCGAUACUUGCGGUACUCCUGGCCUGUGUGGCCUUCGCAGUAUGCGAAGAUGACGACGAGACCAUGGCAUUGAAAUACCUGAAUCAGUUCCACUAUAUCUCACCUACUCGAUCUGGAAAUCAUGAUGUGAAGAAAGCUUUGGAGAAGUUCCAGGAAAUCGCUGGUCUCCCUGUGACUGGUGAGAUGGAUCCCGACACCAUUGCACAGAUGAAGAAGCCACGCUGUGGCAUGCCGGAUGUUGAUGAAAGUGGUCUAAGAAUCAGAAGGUAUAAGACUUCAAGCAGCUGGCGUAAGAGGCACCUCACUUACCACAUCACAUAUGGACGAGACUUGAACCAAGAUUCCCAGAGACGUAUUUUUGCCCGUGCACUGCAAUACUGGUCCGACGUGUCUGGGCUCAGCUUCUCGCCUACCAAUAAUGGCGGCAGUGCCGAUAUUAAAAUCAGCUUCGGCGCCAGAAGUCAUGGUGGCCCGCACGACGGAAAUAGAUGCGCAUAUGCGUUUGACGGUCCCGGCAAGGUUCUUGCCCACGCCUUUUUCCCCUCCAAUGGCCGCGCCCAUUUUGACGAGGACGAGACGUACACGGACGGCACCCCAAGUGGCACCAACCUCAUGUGGGUGGCGACACACGAGUUCGGCCAUGCCCUUGGGCUAGAACACAGUGAUGUGAGAAACGCUGUCAUGUACCCAUACUACACUGGAUACGUAGCCAACUUCCGCCUCCAGGAUGAUGACAUUCGUGGAAUCCAAUCCCUUUACGGUUCCAACAGUGGUGGUGGUGGUGGCGGCGGCGGCGGCGGCGGAAACUGCCGCGAUGGUAACAAGAAUUGUCAUCUCUGGGAGCACCUCUGCAACAGUCAUGAGUACGUUAUCAAUCAUUGCCUCAAGACAUGUAGACGUUGUUAGACAAUAACAGUUGAUUCAUCUGACAUGUUAAUGCUAUGGUAAAUGAAUAAAUGGUUAAUACCAAUA